CGGCGUCUCACCUACUGCCGCGAAGACGGCUGGCUCAGGCUGUCACCGGGCAGCCUACGACCCGGAAGUAGCCGGGUGCCCGAGGCCCCCGUUGCCCAGCGCGGGCGCCGGGGGCGGAGCUCGGAGCCGAGGGAGACCCGGUGUCUGCGGCUCCGGCUGCGCGAGGUGGGGGCUGUCCGGGGCGCAGCCAGGCGGCCGCGAUCUCUGCGGGACACGCUCCGCCGCGGCCCGAGGCGGCGACAUGAGCGCCGCGGGGCUGCUGGCUCCGGCGCCCGCUCCGGCUGCAGCUCCGCCCGCCCCGGAGUACUACCCGGAGGACGACGAGGAGCUGGAGAGCGCCGAGGACGACGAGCGAAGCUGCCGGGGCCGAGAGUCCGACGAAGACACGGAGGAUGCCAGUGAGACCGACUUGGCGAAGCACGAUGAGGAAGACUACGUGGAGAUGAAGGAACAGAUGUAUCAGGACAAACUGGCAUCUUUGAAGAGGCAGCUGCAGCAGCUGCAGGAAGGUACAUUACAAGAAUAUCAGAAGCGGAUGAAGAAGCUGGAUCAACAGUACAGAGAGAGGAUCCGGAACGCAGAGCUCUUCCUCCAGCUGGAAACAGAACAGGUGGAAAGGAAUUACAUUAAAGAGAAGAAGGCGGCAGUGAAAGAGUUUGAAGACAAGAAGGUGGAGCUGAAGGAAAAUCUGAUUGCCGAGCUGGAGGAGAAGAAGAAGAUGAUCGAGAAUGAGAAACUCACAAUGGAGCUGACAGGAGAUUCUAUGGAAGUGAAACCCAUCAUGACCAGAAAAUUGCGGAGGCGACCAAACGAUCCUGUCCCCAUUCCAGACAAGAGGAGAAAACCGGCUCCUGCUCAGCUAAACUACUUGUUAACAGACGAGCAGAUCAUGGAGGACCUGAGAACACUGAACAAGCUUAAGUCACCCAAGAGACCAGCUUCCCCGUCCUCUCCUGAACACUUGCCUGCCACACCUGCAGAGUCUCCAGCCCAGAGAUUUGAGGCUCGGAUAGAAGAUGGCAAACUGUACUAUGAUAAGAGAUGGUACCACAAGAGCCAGGCCAUCUACCUGGAGUCUAAGGACAACCAGAAACUGAGCUGUGUCAUCAGCUCAGUGGGAGCCAAUGAGAUCUGGGUGAGGAAGACCAGCGACAGCACCAAGAUGCGGAUCUACCUGGGCCAGCUGCAGCGUGGGCUCUUCGUGAUCCGCCGGCGAAAAUUCUUAACUUACCGGGACUAGCUCCUUGGCCUGGGACAUGGGGAGCACUGUGGAGUCUUCAGGGCGCUCACAUGGCCGCCACCUCCAUCUCUGUGCCGCUCUUUCCUGCCUCGGCCUCUUCCAGAACUCAGUCACCAGAGACUCUUGCUUUCGGAGUAUUGGGGUUCACCCACCUUCCUUGAAUUCCUCUCUUGUCUUGUUUUGUUUAUACUUGAUCCUUUUUCAGAUCUCCUUUGAGUCUGAAGGGAAGCUCAUUUUAACAGUUAUCUUUAGACCUUUGAAGAGCAGUGGAUGUGCUUUCCCACCUAAUGUGAUUGGCAGAUUGGGUGCCUGCUUCCCAUGUUGGGCCCAGAAGCAUGGGACAGGAUUCUCCUGUCUCUGCUUUCUUAGAGAAAUAAAUGGUAUAGAACAUCUCAUCUGCCUUGGGCUUCUACUCUGCUGACUGAGUGUCUCCACCCUGACACUGCAGCUGACAGAUGGGGCUGGGGGAGGGGCGUGGCCUGUUCCUUGCAUGCUGGAGUCAUGCAGGGUGGAAGAAGUGGACAUUUCAGAGGUUUCCAUCUGUAACUCUAGCUCCCAAUGGCUUCAAGUAUCUAUCAUGUGCCCCACUGUGCUGUGGGCUCUCUCUUCCCCAUAGCUGGGGUGGCAAGGUGGGUGCCAGUGACCAGUCUGUGCCUCACUCUUGUAGCUGGACUCACUGUGGUCCUGGGCCGUUCAAUACAAGCCUCCCCCGAGGUUUGUCCCAUGUUAGUGACAAGGAGAGCUCUAUCAAGCUGCAGCCACCAAGUCUGUGUACUGCUUGAACCCCAGCGAAGCAACCUGUCCUGGCCCUCUUGCUCCCUGGGCCUGCUAUUGGAGAAAUGACUCAUAAGGUUGAGCAGGAAGUUCCUUCUG